AUGGAAAAACUGUUCAACUGCGAAAUUUUAGAUGAACCUGAUGAUUUCGAGCGGACAAAAGCAAAACGUGGGAGUGUCACAUUCAGUGGUAAGACAGGUUCAAUAGAACACCCCAAUUUGACACUGCACAAUUUUUUAGAUUACACUCAGUUGUAUAGAAAAUAUAAAGAAAAAAACUCAGCUAAAUCGUUCAACAAACUUCCUGUAUAUGCAUACAGAUAUCCCCCAAAUUUUAAAAAUGCCAAUUUUGAUGAAUUAAAAACAGAGUACUUAUAUGACGAAAUAAAUAAGUCUUGUAAAGAAGGGAAAUCUGGUGAAGAAAAGAAAAAUGGAAAGAGGGAAAAUGCAAUUUUUUACGAGGGUAAUUUGAAACUUUGGAUUCCUCGGGAUGAUGAACAAGUAAGACAACAGGAGAAGGAAAAAAAAAGUUUACGAAAAAAAAUAUACGAUGGAGAAGUAAUGUUUUAUGAAGAUUACAUAGAACAACAAGCAGCAAAGGAUUAUGAAUACUUUUUUAAAAAACCUUAUGAAAUAAAAAAAAAAGAUGAAGGAGGAAAAUACUAUUUUUACGGGAAAAAACUAUAUAUGAGCGAACAUGAAGAUAUAUACAGAAAGUACUACAAUUUGGAUGAUGAAUAUUUUAUCAAACGAUUGCAACUGUAUGAAGAAUUAAAAGAGAAUAAGCUAAAAAAUGUGGAGAAGGAAGAAGAAAAAAAAAAAGAAAAAGAAAAAGAGUUUCAAAAGGAAUAUGAAAAAUUAAGUUUUAAAGAUCAAAAUUUUAUAGUAAAAAUAAAGGAAGAAAAUAAUUUGGAAAGUUUUCUCAGUACCUACAAAUUUUACAAAAAAAAUAAAUGUAUUUUUGAAAAAAACAUUCCAGAAAUAAAAAAAAAAGAGCUACUAUAUGGACACAUUCCAGAUAUCAUUUUACCUGCUAACAUUCGAAAGACAAAACAUCCAAAAAACUGCAUAGUUCCUCUUAGUAGUCUACACACGUAUGCAAAUUUUAUUGAUGAUUUAUUUAAAUGUCCAUACAUUUAUACUGCCAUUGAUGCAGAAUUGGGAAAGUACUGGAAAACUAAUGAAAAUGAAGUUGUAAAUAAUAUAAAAUCUGAAAAAAUCAAAAAAGGUUACAAAAAGGAUAUAUAUGCAGUAACCAAAGAACAGUUGGAAAAGUCCAAUGAAAAAUUGAAAAAAUUAAUUCAAAAUGAGGAACACGAAAAUAAAAAAAGCACAAACGUAACCUUAAAUUUUAAAAUACCAAAAAACGAAAAUAAAAAGAAAGUUGUGUCUAAUGGCAGAUACAUUAUAUAG